CGAAAGAACGUGGUUUGUCAGCGUGCAUGGGGGGGUGCUCGGGUGCCGGAGCAUCUGCCGCUGACCUAGGUGGUGCGUGCUUCUCCCCGGCGAUCUCCGCGCGCUUCGAUCACUGGGAUCUGCCAAGGCCCAAGAAAUCUCGAUAUCAGGAAACUUUAUCCCCUAUCAGAACCCGCCACGAGCCAUUGGGAUCACUUUUUGCAUCUCCUCUUGGCUGCUUGCUCCUUUUCUUGGCGCCCGCUUUCCCUAUGAAUGAUAUAUAAGAGAUCUCCUUGGACAUCUCUUCUUCUUCUUCUUCUCCAUCUAACCUAUCAUGUCGUCUGACAAAGUCACAACGAACCACAAUGAGAAACAACUAGACAGAGCCGACACCGGCAAGACUGCCGUCACCGAAUCACUCCCCUUCAAAGCCCAUAACGCCCUCUCUGGAAAAGUCAUCGAAGCGCUGGGAAGCAACCCCACCACCGGUCUCAAGGAGAGCGAAGUCCCACCAAAGCUCGACCAGUAUGGCCUGAACCGUCUCAAACCCCCAAAGAAACCCAGCGUCUUCAAGAUUAUUUUGAGACAGGUCGGAAAUGCCAUGACUCUGAUCUUGAUCGCUGCUAUGGCCACUUCUUUUGGUACGACCGACUGGAUCAGUGGCGGUGUCAUUGCCGCCCUCGUGCUUUUGAAUGUAUCUGUUGGUGCCUAUACCGAAUGGCAAGCCGAGAAAACUGUGGCAAACCUCGAAUCGGUCGGCGCCCCUCAAGCCACUGUCGUCCGUACUCGUGAAGGCUCCCGCGAAGGCGAUACCAAAACCAUCCCCGUCGAAGAAGUCGUCCCUGGCGAUAUCGUCCUCCUCAAGAAUGGUGAUAUCGUGCCCGCCGACGGCCGUAUUCUGGACGGACAUAUCAGCAACUUGGAGUGCGAUGAGGCUUUCCUCACUGGUGAAAGUCUUCCCGUUGCCAAGCAAUCUGAACCCAUCGAUGAAGAAGACUGUCCUGUCGGGUAUGUGCUUCAACUGUUUCUCUUUCCGAAGCUCAGUCUGACACGUGCCAGCGAUCGUCUCUGUAUGGUCUUUUCCGGAUCCCAAGUCACCAAAGGCCGCGCCCGAGUCAUCAUCACCCACACCGGUAUGGGCACCGAAAUCGGCAAGAUCGCAGAAGCCCUCGAGUCUAAAGCAAAGAACAACCGGAAAGGUUUCGGCGCAUUCUGGUGGAAGACCAAGGUCCUGUUGGGUGUCGAAGAGACGACGCCUCUGCAGAUCAAGUUGAACAAGCUGGCAUACUUUCUACUCGGCUGGGCUAUCAUCAUCGCCAUCAUCGUCGUCGCUUCUACCGGCUUCAAGAACAUCCCCUUAUCCAUGGCCACCUACGCCGUAGCCGCUGCUGUCUCCAUUCUCCCCGCUUCCCUCAUCGCCGUCGUCAGCCUGACAUUGGCCAGAGCAUCAACCGACCUGGCCUCUAGGAACGCUCUCGUCAGGCGUAUGGACGCUAUCGAAGCCUUGGCAGGAGUCGAGAAUGUCUGUUCCGACAAGACCGGUACACUCACCGUAGGCCGUAUGGUCGUCCGCAAACUCUGGGUCCCCACCAUCGACCACCGUCCCUCCCAGCCCUCACCCCUCGACACCAAAGGAGGCCAAGCCUAUUCAUUCGAAACCGGUUCAGACCCCUUCUACCCGCGGGGCGUCGUCCGCGCCGACCGUCAGAAAAUUAUACAAGUCGCCGAUACACUCGACCUCAAGCACCCCCAGCGCCAAGAGUCUACCGACUCCUCUUCUUCUUCUUCCGAGGACCCCGAGGAACGGGAAGUCGAAAACCAAGAACAAGUCGUGCACGUAGAAGAACUCGAAGAUGGCUUGCGUAAACUCGCGCUCUGCGCUUCCCUGUGCAACGUCGCAACGCUCUCCAGGCCAGUGGACGAAGAUUCCCAAUGGGAAGCGAACGGCGACCCCACAGAAGUCGCUCUCCAAGUCGCAGCCCACAAACUCGGACACGGCAAACCUUUCCUCACGCACCACGCCAAACACGCCUCCGCCGGCGGCAAAGCAGGCAAAGCCGACUCUGUCCGUUCGGGGCACAGCGCCAGACCUCUAGUCUUUGGUGUGAAGGGGCAUUUCGAGCAGCUCGUCGAACACCCGUUCGACUCUACAGUCAAACGCAUGUCUAUCGCCUACACAUUCCACCCCGCCGACUCCUCCCCCUCCGCCCCCUCCUCCUCGCACGCUCAGCCGCAAGACGGCUACGUCGCAUGUUUCCUCAAAGGCGCCGUCGAGCGCGUCUUUGAGCGCUGCACAAAAGUAGGCGACAAGGGCGAAGAACUGACACAAGACAAGAAGGACGACGUCUUGAAAAAGGUCGAUGCUUUAGCAGCUCAGGGGUUGCGUGUCCUAGCGCUUUGCGGGAAAACGUACCCCAGCAAGAUGGCCGACGAAAUCAAGCACACACCCCGCGACGAAUUCGAACGCGACUUCACCUUCCUCGGGCUGGCGGGUAUCUACGACCCUCCGCGCAAAGAGUCCCCCGGCGCUGUUGCAGACUGUUACCGCGCGGGUAUCACGCCGAGGAUGCUUACGGGUGACCACCCCGCUACGGCGACGGCUAUUGCGCUCAAUAUCGGGAUUCUGGAGAAGAGUUAUGGGAAGGAGUCGGUGAUGACGGGGCAGCAGUUUGAUGCGUUGAGUGAUGAGGAGGUGGAUGCGUUGCCGGAACUGCCUCUGGUCGUUGCUAGGUGUGCGCCCGAGACCAAGGUCCGAAUGGUCGAUGCGAUCCACCGCCGAGGACAAAAGACAGUCAUGACAGGUGACGGCGUCAACGACUCGCCCGCUCUCAAACGUGCCGACGUCGGCGUCGGUAUGGGUACUGGCUCCGACGUCGCCAAGCAGUCUUCGAGGAUCGUCUUGAGUGAUGACAAUUUCAGUACCAUCAUCCGAGCUAUCAGGAAGGGAAGGUCUGUUUUCAAAAACUUGGCCAAAUUCUUGCUUUACUUGCUUUCCGGCAACUUGGCUGAAAUUAUCGUGCUCAUGAUCGGACUCGCAUUCAAAGACCAAAACGGUCAAUCCGUAUUCCCUCUCUCCCCCGUCGCCGCCCUCUGGAUCAACACUCUCGCCGCCGGUCCUCCCGCCCUCGCUCUAGGAUUAGAACCCACCGCCGUCGAUGCGAUGGAACAGCCCCCUUCAGCGUUCCACCAGAUCUUCACCCUCGAAUUCUACAUCGACCUCAUCUUUUACGGAUUCUUGAUCGGUUCGCUGAGCUUGGUCAACUUUGUCAUCGUUCUUUGGGGCUACUUUUCCGGCAACUUGGGUAUGGACUGUAACGAAGGCGACUCUGACAUCUGCUCCUCCGUUUUCCAAGCCCGCGCAACCUGUUUCGCCACUCUGGUCAUCAUCCUCAUGAUUCACGCGCUCGAGUGCAAGCACUUUUACAAGGGUCUCUGGCAGAUCAACCUGCGAGACAAUAGGGUUUUGUUGUGGUGUGUUGUUGUGCUCGUGCUUGCUACCUUCCCCGUGGUCUACAUUCCCCGAAUCAACGACGACGUCUUCCUCAUCGGCGGGCUGAAAUGGGAAUGGGGAAUCGUGUUCGGCAUGAUCUUUGUCUACUUGCUCGCUGCUGAGGGGUACAAGUACGUCAAGCGGGUGUGGAAGAGGAGGCAUGAGCCGGUACCGGCUGGGAAGGGUGGGGAUAAGACGUUGAGGAUGGAGAACACUAUUGCGCCGCCCGUCUAAACGCUGGAGGAAGGUAAGGGAAUGGGAUUGUAGUGCAUCUUCCUGCUUUUUUGGUGGUUUUACGGUUGUAGUCGAUACAUAAUUGCUUCUUUACAGGUUCCAGUUCUAAUCAUAUGCAUACUUGAGGGUUGAAAGACA